AUGGCCGAAAAUUGCACAGUGGUGAGAUUCUCGAGGGAACCAUCCCUUGCAAAAAUUGAGAACCUAAAGCAAAACGAGAACCCCGAAAAAUUUUCGGAAUGCGGGCGAUUUAGCAUUUUUUACGCAAUUUGUAUUGCCUUAUCGAUCAUAACCUAUGUCGUAGAUCUGGUUUUGGCUUGCAUUUUGUUGUAUUUUUAUUCAGUCAAUGGACAUGGGGUAUAUUUUGCUCUGACCCUCACUUUUGUGAUUAUUCCUGCUCUUAUUAUGACUACCGUUAGCUUUCGAUGGUAUAUUGUGGACCAUGAUGAUCCAGCUUUGAACAAAACUUCUGUUUCCCAAUGGAUAAUCAGGAUAAUAUUCCUGCUGCUGCAGUUGGCCCCAUUGCUCAGAUAUAUUGACACCCUAAUCUUGGGUAUCCGGAGUAAAAUUGCUGGGGCUACUGACAAUGAACCAAAAAGGGCAAUUCUUUACAGAAGAAUGCUGGAUGAAGACACCAAUAGUGCCCUACUGAGGCUGUUUCACUGUUUCUUGCAUGCUGCACCUCAGGCUAUUAUACAAUUGGUGAUAUUGUUGACACAUGUUGUGCAUCCUGAGAAACCAAUGUUAAAUAUAAAUGUUGCUGUUCUACAAGCAUGGAGUGUUCUGGUGGGCCUAAUGUCCAUGGCUUGGUCUUUGACUUCUUACCACAGAUCUGUGAGGUAUGCCAGGGAUGACAAGGACAAAAUAAAAUGGGGAGGAAUAUUGGUGGCUUUCUGUUGGCAACUCAUGAGUGCAUUGUCAAGAGUGCUGGCCCUCAGCCUGCUGGCGUCGAUCUUCCCGGCGUGGAUGGGGUGCGUGUGCGCCCUGCACUGGGGCGUGAUGUCCGUGUGGCUGGCGCUGGGCCAGCACCAGACCGCCGCCUGCAACAGUCGGUGCGACGAGCUGCUGCUCUCUGCCGCCCUAGGCCUGGCGUACGUGCUAGCCUUCAUAUCGCCGCGAGACGGCCCCACGCGCUACGUCUACCUCGCCUACUACCUUGUAUGCUUCAUGGAGAACACCGCCGCCCUGGUGGUGUGGUGCGUCACCAACAACUCGCUGGACAACCCCGUCCUCUACUACGGCGCCGCCGUGGGCCAAGUGAUCGCUUUCCUGCUAGCCAUCGUCUUCCUGCUCAUCUACUACAAGUGCUGUCAUCCGUCGUUGAUGAACCGCUCGAAGAUACCGAGCUUGGACUCGGACUUUUUGGAGUCCGAGAGGCCGGGUUACAGCAAGAGCUACAAUCUGAGGUCGAGGUCUUGAUCUUUGGUGUACGUCUGAAGGGACGUGGUAGAUGCCGGUACACGGGUAUAGUUAUAAAACACGAUUUGGGGGCGAAAAGGCUUGAAAUCCGAUGGGUAACGACUCGAAUCUGCUCACAUCAAACUCGA